AUGUCGACGCCGUCCUCCGUCAACUCGCCGUCGUUGACUCCGCAAUUCUGCUUCAACGAACGAGUCUUGAGAGAUUUCCUCCGCUUGUCUCGAUCCACUAUCGAUGAUUCCAUCACGCAGAAUCUAAAUGCCUUAUUAACACCUGCUCGCGAAGGGUUUAACCCAACAUCCUCUGACAUCCGACAGCUCGGCACACAAAGUAGACGGAAUCCCUCCAGAGAGUCAUGCGAUACGUUCAAAAACAAUGUGCUAUUUCCUUCCUGGCAGAGCCGAUCAGAUGUCCUCAAUUAUUGUGCCAUGGUGGCAACGAGUCCUGAUCCGGAAGACCCAGAUCUUGUCACCAGACAGGUGGAGACUGCGAGGGAACAAGAGCGAGUCGUUAAUGAACGUCUAGACCCUUAUUCUAGUCGACACUUUCCCCGCGAAGCUCGCACUGAGUCGCUAGCCAACCUUGUGCGAAACGAAAGGAGUGUGGAGCAAAUUAUACGAACACGGACUUGGGGUAUAGUCUCCGACAGAUGCAAUUCUACUGGAUCGUGGGAAGAUGCUCUGAAUCAAUGGCAUGAGGGUCAGAAUUGA